CCAAGGCCCUAUAGCUCUCGUCGCGACACUCUUAUCACUUGCCCGACAUCUCCCCCAACACAACCAUGGGUUCCGCUCCGUCCAAGCCCGCCUCCCCCGCCGCAGAGCGCGACGUCUCCGAGAAGCAGAGCGCGCAAGACGUGACAGAGAGCCUGUCCUCGCUGCGCGUGUCCGACCCGGCCUCCGCGGAUGGCUCUCUGAGCGUGAGCAGUCUGCUCCAGUGGGAGCAGCAGAUCGCGGAGACCCCCAGCGUCGAGCUUGCGCGCACGAUCCUGAACCAUGCGGACCUCAAGCAGACGCUUCUCAACCGCAAGACCGUCGUCACUGACCAGCACGUCUUCAACACCGAGCUCAAGUUCAAGACCGGCCCCAUCACGAACCAGAAGAGCAGCGGCCGGUGCUGGCUGUUUGCGACGACGAACGUGCUGCGCUACAACAUCAUGAAGAAGUUCAACCUAGAGGAGUUCCAGCUCUCGCAGUCGUAUCUAUUCUUCUACGACAAGCUCAACAAGGCCAACUACUUCCUCGAGCUCAUGAUUGAGCAUGCCGACCUCCCCCUCGAAGACCGUCUCGUCAAACACCUCUCGUCCUCGGGCUCCAUCAUAAGCGACGGCGGACAGUGGGACAUGGCCGUGAACCUGCUCGAGACCUACGGCAUCGUCCCACAGGCGGUGUACCCCGAGUCCUUUAGCUCGUCGCUCUCGGCUCCACUGAACACGCUCCUGAAGACGAAGCUUCGCGAGCACGCUCUCAUCCUGCGCGCCCUGCACCAGUCGCUGCUGCGCGCCGGGCACGACGGCGCCGCAGCCGCCAGCGCGGCACGCGCGAAGAAAGAGGAGCUCAUGAAGGAGGUGUACACGAUCAUGACCGCCGCGCUCGGCGUGCCGCCGCUGCCGCGCGCGCACGGCCAGUCGGAGCCGUUCGUGUGGGACUACUACGACAAGGACGGCAAGCCCGGGCACUGGGAGGGCACGCCGCAGGAGUUCUACGCGAUCGCCAAGGGCGAGCACUCGCCGAAGGACAGCUUCUCGCUCAUCCACGACCCGAGGAACGCGUUCGGCAAGCUGUACACAGUCGACAAGCUCGGGAACAUCUGGGGUGCCAGACCUGUCCUCUACGUAAACACGAAGAUCGACGACCUGAAGCAGGCAGUCGUGAAGAUGAUCCAGGCUGGCGUACCUGUGUUCUUUGGCUGCGACGUGGGUCAGUCCUCUGAGCGCAACCUGGGUAUCAUGGACACCAAGUUGUAUGAGUUUGAGCGCGCCUUUGGCAUCAAGCUCGGUCUAUCAAAAGCAGACCGUCUGCAGACGGGCGAGUCCGCGAUGACGCACGCCAUGGUCAUCUCCGGUGUUCACGUUGACCCGUCCUCCGGCAAGCCUGUGCGGUACCAGGUCGAGAACUCGUGGGGCGAAGAUCCCGGAAAUAAGGGGUACUUCAUCAUGACUGACGAGUGGUUCGACGAAUAUGUCUUCCAGGUCGUGGUCCCCAAGGCUCUCGCGCCCAAGGAGCUUGUCAAGGUAUUCGAGAGCGACGAUAAGGUUGUUCUGCCGGCUUGGGACCCUAUGGGUGCGUUGGCGUAAAUGCUCGUUGCAGGAUACACUGGAGCCAAGAGACUGUAGAGCUGAUGAACCGACCUUGUGCAUUUGUCGUGAUGUCUUCUUGGUUUCAGUUCAACAUAAGUAAAUUGUGCUAUAUACUGAAUAUCUCUUUGUGCGAUGCCG